AAUACUCUAUGCCCGGAAGUGGUUCAAAGUGCAUAGAUUAGAAUAGAUUAGAAACGUCAAUCGUUAAUCGAACUAUCGAACUCACUUUUUUCCUUCAGCUGAGAACAUCAAAAAUACGUCAAUCAAACAAAUGGUGUGAUCGUACAGUUUUUUCUUCCCUAUCUUCUUCUACCUAUUUAUAAAUUUGCUUAUACAAAAUACUCUAUAUAAUAAUUGUAAUGCCCGCACUAAGGAUUAAUUAAAACUGAAAUAAUCCAUCGCGUCAUCGUACAAUAUUGUACACAAAACCAUAGAUCAUGUUUUCGCGUAAAAUUCAUUAGUUCAUUAAAAUUUAUAUCCGCGAGUUAUUUAAAACGACUCAAUGAUGAAUUUCGACGACAAUUCGAGUAGUGGGUACGCUACGGCGGAGACCAUAUACGGGACCCACGAAGAUAGCCAUGUAGUGAUGUCGGAGAAGGUACAGUCGUUGGCUGGCAGUAUAUACCAGGAGUUCGAGAGGAUGAUAGCACGCUACGACGAGGACGUGGUGAAGACCCUGAUGCCGCUACUGGUCAACGUGCUCGAGUGCCUGGACUCCGCGUACCAGACCAACCAAGAGCACGAAGUGGAGCUCGAGCUGUUGCGCGAGGACAACGAGCAACUGGUGACGCAGUACGAGAGAGAGAAGGCGGCGAGGAAGCAUUCCGAGCAAAAGUUGUUGGAGUCAGAAGAUCAUUAUGAAGGGGAACGAAAAGACCUAACGGGACGUCUUGAAGCUCUCGACAGCAUUGUCCGAAUGUUAGAACUGAAGCACAAGAACUCUUUGGACCACGCCAGUCGCCUUGAGGAAAGGGAGAAUGAGCUUAAAAAGGAAUAUUCAAAACUUCAUGAGAGAUACACUGAGCUGUUCAAAACUCACAUGGACUAUAUGGAACGCACCAAACUACUUCUGAGUACUGCAAGUGACCGUAGUGAAGUAAGGGGCAGGUUGGGUUUGAAUCCUGUAGGCCGCUCCAGUGGGCCUAUCUCAUUCGGCUUCGCGUCGCUGGAAGGCUCCGUGCAUGCGGUGGAACAAACUGAAAGCAUCCCGGGCAGUCCUGUUAGCCUCUCCUCAUCACCGCCCUCACCUCCCAUCGGGUCUGAACUAGCUGCAGUAAGAACUGUAGAGAGGGCUCAUCAAACUGAUCCCAUCACUCAGCAAAGCCAGGCAACGUCACCAGUGGCGCCUCCAAAGAGUGCUUCGACCACGGGCAAGUCUCAGACGAAGAGCGAGAAACGCAGCGGCAACACCCUGUAUCAGGAGCUGGCUUUCCACGAUACCGAGGCGAACAUGGCCGAAGGCGACGAUGGGGCCGAUUUCACAGGAAGCUGGGUGCAUCCUGGAGAAUACGCAUCUUCGGUUAAUGAUAACUAUUUUGGUAUGGGUAAAGAGGUAGAAAACCUUAUUCUGGAAAACACUGAACUUUUAGCUACCAAAAACGCCUUGAAUGUGGUGAAGGACGAUCUUAUAGUUAAAGUCGACGAGUUGACCGGCGAGCAAGAGAUACUGCGCGAAGAGGUCACAGCUCUCAGCGCCGCGCGGGAGAAGCUUCGCGAGCGAGUGUCGCAGUUGGAGGAGGAGCUGCGGCAGCUGAGGGACGCGCUGAGUGCGGGCGCGGGCGCCGCGGCCGAAGAGGACGAGGCUGACGUGCCGAUGGCGCAGCGACGCAAGUUCACCCGCGUGGAAAUGGCUCGAGUGUUGAUGGAACGUAAUCAGUAUAAGGAGCGUUUUAUGGAAUUGCAAGACGCAGUCCGCUGGACGGAGAUGGUGCGUGCCAGCCGAGUCGACUCUAAAAUAGACAAGAGCAAACAGAGCAUCUGGAAAUUUUUUAGCAACCUUUUUAGUUCGGGGGACCGCCCGCAGCGCCCCCUGUCGACGCCGCACAUGCGCGCGGUGGCGGCGCCGCAGUCGUCCAUGCGCCACUCGAGGACGCAGGCCGACUUCAUCGAGACCCAACUGUCCGACCCACAUCACAGGCGGCACGAACAAACGCGCUCUGAGCAGUUCCGACAGGUGCGCGCGCAUGUGCGUAAAGAGGACGGGCGCACGCAGGCGUACGGAUGGAGUCUGCCUUCGAAGGCCGGCCUCAGUCACAAGGGCAGUGCCUGCUUAUCGCUAUCUUCUGGAGGAGUGCCUGUACCAGUGCCAGUUUUCUGCAAGCCAAUAAACGAGUCUGAGCCACAGAUGACAUUACUCUGCGCGGCCGGCGUAGACAGGGGUGGUGGGCGCACGCCAGACGGCGGUUGCAUGGUGGGCGAGAGCGUCUUCUACGACAAUCGUGACGAGAAAACUGAGGAUGGCGUGUGUCUAGCGUAUGAGAUGAACGCAGUGUCUCAGCCGUUGCAUUCGCCCGACGUAGAGCAAAUCGACGCUCAGUUGAACUCAACCAGAGAGCCGCGCGCUCUCAACCACCUAUCUUCUCUUGUUUGGAUCUGCUCUAGCACGCAGUCGAAGGGCGUUGUUAUGAUAAUCGACGCGAACAACCCAGCGAAAGUGAUAGAAUCGUUCCCUGUGAGCGAUAAACACAUACUGUGUAUCGCGUCAGUCCCGGGCGCCGUGGACGAGGACUACAGGGAAUAUCGCGAGCGAGUCAACGGCCGCCCGCCCGCAGCCGUCAACGACGCUGACAACAAGAGGCAUUCGCAAUCACUCUUCUGCGUUGGCAAGAGCGAGUCUGUUGAGAGUCAAAGCAACGAGAGCCAGGUCUCCAGCAGCACUGGAACGGCAGACAAUGGAGAGAAGGAAGUUACAAUCGGCUCUACAAGAUUAGUACAGGCUACUAUCCUCACUCCGCCGAGCACACCAGUAAUAGAUAUACCUACACGGGAAGCUAGUGACGAGAGCUCGCCAUCAGAUCGAAAUGAACUUCGAGCCGACAGUCCGCCGUUAUCAUCUACGCCAAUCAAUGCUGGCGUUGAGGCGAGGAACUCUCCCGAGCGCGGAGUAGACGCGUUCACUGAGGAGCAGAGUGGCGAGCGCGCGGCGGAAGGGCGCGCCAUGUCCACUGUGAUGGCGACCAUGUGGCUCGGCACCAAGAGCGGCAACCUAUUCGUGCACUCCGCCAUACACAACUAUAGCAAGUGUCUGGCGAGGGUGAAGCUGAAUGACGCCAUUUUGUCGAUCGUAUGGUGCGCUUCGCGGUGUGUGGUUGCGCUGGCGGAUGGUACUAUCGCGAUAUUCGCUCGGCUAGCCGACGGCCAGUGGGACUUCACCCAGUACUCGCUGAUGACUCUGGGAGAUCCCAAGUGCUCAGUGCGAUGCUUGAGCGCUGUAGGCAACACAGUGUGGUGCGGCUACCGCAACCGAGUGCUGGUGGUGGAGCCGCGCGCGCCGCGACUGCUGCACUCGCUCGAGGCGCACCCGCGGCACGAGAGCCAGGUGCGGCAGAUGGCCGCGCACCGAGACGGCGUCUGGGUGUCAAUAAAAAUGGAUUCGGCGCUGCGGUUGUACCACGCGCACACAUACAAACACUUGAGAGAUGUGGACAUCGAGCCGUACGUCAGCAAGAUGCUGGGUACAGGCAAAUUGGGCUUCUCUCUUGUGCGCAUCACAGCACUCCUCAUCAGCUACGGACGACUGUGGAUUGGCACCAGCAACGGCGUGGUCAUCUCUGUGCCGCUGACCGAGACGUCUUCCGCGUCGGCGUCUAGCGUCUCUAGAAUGCCGCUACCUGGACACGCGUCGGUGGUGCCAGCGGGACCCGCCCCAGGAGCUUGCAGUCCAGGGGACUGCAUCCCAUGGUGUUCAAUGGCGCUCGCCCAGCUGAGUUUCCACGGCCACCGGGACGCGGUCACGUUCUUCGUGUCGGUACCCGGCGCCACCAUGCAGACGUCGCCCGACUCGCCGCCCUCGCACCCCGCGACCCUCCACGCCCCCAUGCUGGUCAUAUCUGGUGGGGAGGGGUACAUCGACUUCAGAAUAGCAGACUCCGAGAUGGAGGAGAGCGUCGUAGCGGCCGAGGACGUACCAUCAAGCGGGCACAGUUCGCUGGCGGAGCGCACUGCUCUCAGUCACGUGAUAGUCUGGCAAGUGGCCUCUACCUAGCACGCGCCGUGCGUGCGCCGUCCGCGACCGCCGUCAGACUGCGACUACGUCUACGUGUGCAUGUCUGACAAGCCCGCGGAUAUACACUAGUGUCGUAUCACCACACCACCGCACACACCUUUGAACCACCCGCACAUCACGUCCUACGGGAGACCAAUACAAAUCUUUGUAACGACACAUUAGAUACUGCGUGUUCAAACAAACAAUAGUGGUCGAAUAAUGCAGUUGACGAGGGAAAGACAAAGGGCAUGUCCCAAAAUGGGCCUUUAUUAUUUACUAGCGGACCCGGUCAAGCUUCGUUUUGACAAAAGUGCACUUAUUCUCUAUCCCUACUCUACCCUUCUAUACCUCUACCCCUACCCUACCCCUACCGCUUGACUCUUAAACGUUUGUAUGGGAAAUAGAAAAGAGCAGUUUUUAGGGUUUUCCCGGAAAUUAUUUGAUUUUUUCUCACCUUUUAAACCUUGCAUAUACCUCCACGAACAUUUCAAGACCAAGUUAAAUCCGUUAAGACGUUCUCGAGUUUUAGCGAGACUAACGAACAGCAAAUUCAUUUUUAUAUAUAUAGAUUAUUUACAAGCAGGAUGAUAGUAUUUUUUACGGAUGAAAGAAAUAAAUUGUUGCUUAAAAAACAAUUUUCAGAAUUUUUCGAUCCCGCAUUAAUUAAAUAAAUAUUUUUUUUAUUUCGCUCUCUUGUCGACAAAUUAAACAUAGACAAUACAGCAAAAGUGUUCUAAAACAGCCAAUAAUGUAAGCUGUCAAUGUAUUGUAAUAUUAUAAAGAAACAUUAAAUCGUAGACAGAGAAACAUGAAACUUAAAAAAUCUUAAAUUGCUUUAGAAAUGCCUUAAACGAAUGCGACUACGCAAAGAUCACUCACAAUCUGUUAGGGUGUGAGUUACAAGCAUGUUUCCAUGAUAAAAAUUCUUAAUUAAUGUUGUCAGGUAAUGAAAAAAAUAAACUUUAUUUAAUUAUUUUAAAAAAUGCGGGUUCUGAAAUUUUUUUAUUUUAAUUUUUAAGCCCUAUAUUUUAUGUUCUUUUAGAGAUAAAAAUAAUUUGUUCUGCUUAAUUGACACUCGGAAUAAAGGCCCAGCCUCCAUACAAAAUUGGUACAUGUCCUUUCGACCGAAAUCGAAAUUAUCGCUGUCCCUUUCAUUGCUUCGGGACGAAGUAUUUCCGAUUUUACAGUAUUAUCGAACGUACAUAACCAAUGUAUUUCAAAAUCACCAUACAGUCGAUUACAUUGUUUGAAGAACACACCAUUUCUAUUGCUUUGUUAUAAAGAUUUAUAUACGGAAAAAGAUGUCUACCUAGAAGACGGCACUGUAACACAGUCUUUGUUAGCAAUUUCUACUUCGUAUUAAAGUUAUAGAAAUUGUUAUAAAACACGUCUAACACAAAUUUAAUUCCGUACCAAUUGCAUGAUCUAUAGUUAGAAUAGUCACUCAAUAAUCAUUAUAAAUUUUAGCAUCUAUUAAAUUAUAUGGUUGCCGAUAGUAAUAAAAUAAUAAAAACUUUUGUCUGUGAAGAUGUGAGAAGUGCUGUCUUGAGGUAGAAUCUAACCUUCCCUCCACAAAACUAAUUACGCCUUCGAAUGUAUUUACUUUAAAACGUAAUGUCAUUGACGUUUUACACUUUUCAUGGUAAAAUUUCUUGUCAUCUUUCUCACCGGCUUGGAUAUUUUAUAUAAUUCAUUUUGGGUAAACAACCUUACAAUUAAAACAGAUGGAUGGAUAACCUCAAAAUUUUCAAGACAACAUUGCAACAUAUAAACAUUUUUUUGAAUAUUUUUCACAUCCAAGUUCGCUCUUCAAUUAUAUACAUUCGAAGGCGUGUACUCGUACAACAAACCAUUUAGUGGAUAAUUAUUGAGUUUUGGAACUUUCAGAUUCUGGAAUCACAAAUUAGUGUCCACUUUCAAUUUAUCAUGAGGUUUCACCUAUAACACCGAUUUGUGUCCGGACAAUAUUUGAGGUUUUUGCAAACUCCUUUAUCACAUUUUCAUCAAAUCUUAUUGCAUUGCACACAGAUAAUGGAUCUGAAAUAUACGUAUACCUAUAAUAGCUUUCAUUUUGUGUUUCUAUUAACUGCAAUCUUACGGUAUGGUAAUCGAUAAAAUAACAUCUGCUAAAAAACAAAAUUUAUAUUAUCCAUACAUUCUUAAUAACCCUUGCGCUGUGCUUACUAUUUCAAAUAUUAAUAUCUGUGUGCAAACAAUGAUGAUUGAAACCAUCUUUUAUCUGCGUUAAACUGUGGCGUGCAAUGGCAGGCGUGGUUCGACACGAUACGACAGUCGCGCGGCGAACGCGACGGUCGCGCAACAGUGAAUCUCGCGAGCGACGGCGCACGCAAAGACAUUUUUAACUGUUACCAUAGUAUAAUUUGGUUUUAAGUGCUGCGUUUUGACUAUACACUCUUCGCUUACCCACCCCGGCGGCUUAUUUUUGUAUUGUAUCAUAUUUGUAUUAUUAGGAACUAGUGGACGUUUUACAGCGUUGGUUGAUACAUCGAGUUAAGCUAAACCUUUAGACAAUUUUACGUUUCUAGUAACAAUACAGUAUUGUAUUGAAAGCAAAAUGUAAAUCGUUCACUGGCUCUCAUAUCGCAAUGAUAUCGUCUCGACGCGGUCGGUGUACAAAAUGUUAACCAGUAUAUGAGAGGUAAAUUAUAGCAUAGCUCGACAUUCAACAUUGGACUUUACUUAGAUUUGUUAAGGUACAUAAUUGAGUGACAAGUUUUACCCUUAAGCGAGUAAUGCUCUGAUGAAGUCACAUUUUAUUGCAACUGAAAAAUGCACCUUACGUUAACUACGUAAGGUCAUAAUUUGAAUGACGAUCUGAUGAAUGACAAAGAGUAAGACGUUUAGUUGGAGUAUACUGCUGACCUAUUUACCUCUCUGUUACAGGUUUUAUUACGCUAAAUCUCAUCUAGUUAUAAUGUAUAAGAUAUAACCACCAAAAAUUCUUUUUAGAAUCUUUAUUAGUAAGUAGGUAGCAACUAGGUAUCAUAGUGAAAUUUUUAUUGACAUAAAUAGCAGUAUGUCGUCUCUAUUUUUAAAUCGCGCAAUAUCGGUAGAGUCAAACGCAAUGCAUAUUAAUAUCUUAUUGACUAUCUUUGGCGUCAUUAGAGUUUAACAGCGACACUUACCAUCUCGUGAAACAUGCAUUGUACGGCUCGCAGUGUGCGAUAUAUAAUUACUUAAAUGAUAAUAAUCAGAUAUAGAAUAUAAUACAUUUCACCUCUGAUAAGUUAUGAUCUUUUGUGAUGUGCCACGUGAUAUGUUAUAUAACAUUUUUGAUAAGUUAAUUAUUCUCUUUUUUAUCGCAACACAUAUAAUUUGAGAUCACGUGCUAAGUUUUUUAUAUAAUUAAAUUUUAUUUAAAUAAUAACGUAUUGGUUAAACUUCACGGAUAUUUAAUUUUAUCAUUUUCAAAAAAAAUACUUUGCAGAAAAGGUUGCAAAAUUUAUGCGGAAAUAUUAAAGAUUUAUUGCGUCACAUCUUAGAAGAUUGUCUUUGCCUAAUCAAUAUUAGUAUUGAAUCAAAUAUAACUUUGAAAUACUAUUUCGGGUUUACUUUAGUUUUAUAAUUAAUAAAAAAAAUCAGUUUAUUAUACAAGUCAUGUAUAUUUAUAGCUUAUUUUGCAAUUAAAAACUAGGUUGUGUUCUUCUAAAGUCAGGCCGUUGAAAGAAUUAUUUCCUGAUAGUAUGUAAUACAAGGAACAUUGUAACUUUAAACUGGUAUUCAUUUGUAUAGAUAUGUUUAUUUAUAUUACGAGACGUCGGGUCUUCUCCGACCCGUGAAACACGGGGCGGGGGUACGGGCCUCGAGGCAGUGCCUCCUUGCCCGGGCGUGUCGCGGGGGAUCUUUCUCCCCCGGUUAUUUCUAUUACAUUAAUAUAUUUAGUUAUUGUGUGAUGGAACGACAGAUGUCGCCAGUAACACAUUGUUUUAGUGGCCACACUUUAUAGAUUUUUUUUUCGACUGAUAACUAUAUAGGCUGUGGUUGUCAUCCGCAUCACAAUAUAUUAGUGAUUAAGGAAUAUAGUUUAAGUAUUUAAAUAUUUUAGUACUAUAGACUAUUCUAGAACGGUUCUAUUCCGGCAACAGUCCUUGUUCUAGUCUCAACGGCCGUCACUGAUACAUUUGUUACCGAUAUUAGGUAUCAUAUAGUUCCAUGAUAUAGUUCGUGUUCAGCCCCUGUAGCCAAGUGGCACGUCGAUUCUCUUUCUACGAUCGCAAACGCUUCGAAAACUAGAAUGCGAAUGACAGAUCUUGAUCACGUGACCUGUCGAUAGCAAAUGUCAUUCCCGUAUUUUUUUCUAGUUUUCGAAGCGGUAGCGAUCGUAGAAAGAGAAUCGACGUGCCGCUUUGUUGUAAGAUGAUAGACCGAGCGCGUUCGUCUGUAUAAAUUUAGGUUCGUUCCGUUAAAGAAACUUCCUUCAAUUUAACACACCAACGCGCUGCCUAUCAACUGUGUGUUGUAAAACGAUUUGGAUGCCGCUAUAUCCAAAGCCAAAUAGACUUUUGAAAAUAGUCAAACUAUACAGGAAUAUCGAAAUUUCUAGAAUCUGUACUAUAGGCAAAUAGUAUACGUGAUUCCUCUACCGCGCAUUACAGAGGUUCAUGGUAAUACUUCAGAGAGAAGUUGAAAGAGAUGAACACCUCUCUAGCCCUCCUCUCCCCUCUUAGCCCCCCUGUCCCCCUCUCCCCUCUUAGCCCCCCCUCUCCUCUCUUAGCCCCUCUAGCCCCUCCCCCUGAGACCUCUAUACCACAAUGGCUUAGCUAUUUAAUUUGCCUAUAGUGAUGUGAUUAUAUAAUAUGAUAUAUUACUCUGCGGCUUACUGUUUGUUAUUCAGUGACGGCUGCUAUUCUCAUAUUUACAAUUAGGUAAUCGCUUUUUUUUACUUGAUAUAUGUCGCCUACCCACCAAAGCAGGGUCGCAAGGACGUAUGUGAGCGAUAAAAUUUGGUGCAUGUACGUUGACAGUUGACAUAAUAUGAUUGGGUGAUAUAUAUCUCGGUGUGCAAUUUCAUUAAUGAGUCGCUAUAUCGCUCAGACCCAUUAUUGUAUAGGACCUGCCUCGCUAAACGUUACUUUUCUGUCAAAGUAUAUGAUCAACGAUCUAAUGCGAUUAUAAAAUUUGUCUCUUUAUAUUAAUAAAUGUACGGGAAAGACAUCCGUUAUCGACAGGUCACGUGGUUAAGUUAUUUAUCGGUACGGUCGUUCCCAUACAUUUUUUUGCGUUUUCGUAGCGUUAUCGUUUGUAGAAAGAGAAUCGAUGUGCCACAUGGCUGCACGCCUUGGUGGGUAGGAGCUGUUACUGCGUGCAAAGUUUCAUUCGAUUCAGAUAAAGGACGUACGGUAUGAACUGCUGGAGUCAGUGUUGUGUUUUAAGUUUACUUAUACGUAUUAUUGGGAGGUCGAUGGUAGUGUUGCAAAAAUGUGACUGAGGGUAUGCAGAAAUAACUUACUUGAUAUAUAGAGUUCGAUUAACUUAGUUUCAUGUUUUUUUUAUAAAUUGGCAAAGGUUGCGGAACUUGACAUGGUGAGUUUCGAAUAAGUUUUUUUUCUUUCUCAAUCUGUUGUAUAGUGAUAGACAGAGACAGAUGAAAUGAAAUCGAAACACAAUAAAUGUCUUAUGGACAGCCCAGCUGGUUUGUUGGUUGACUUUGGCCGUAUUUGCCACCCUGCCGCCAAAAAAGCACCACUAAGGCCUAGUUCGGGCUACAUUAGUAUUUUAGUCGAGUACGAACAAUUUUUGGAUUUAUCGCCCAAUUUUUGGGCGGUAAAUCUACAAAUUGGGCUACGCAACUAGUCGUUCUGGGCCCACAAUGUGCCAACAGAUAAUGAGAUAUUUUUGCAUACAAUAUUGCUGUCUCUUUGGCUGUAUCUAAGAGAUUUAUUUUUUAUUUUUUUAAUAAUGAUACAAUCUAAGAUGCAAGCGGGCUAACUUGUUGAGGAUGAAAAUCCACACCCAUUUUGGUUUCCACACGAUAAUGUACUGGAGCGCUAAAUUCCUUUGCGGUACGUCUUUGCCGGUAGGGUGGUAACCACGGCCGAAGCCUCCCACCAGCCAGACCUGGAUCAAUUAAGAAAACCUCAAUCAGCCCAGCCUUCUUGUAAUUCCACUAUUUAUAUCAUAUCUUAUAUAGCGAUGGGACGAAAGAGAAAGAGCUAUUGGUUUGUGCUAUCGAAAUCCAACAGAGGUAAACUUAUGACUCAUAACUAAUAACUCAAAGAGAAGUGGCGAUUAGGGGUAAACUUAAAGUCCGGCCGCUCAAAGAUUGCGUUUCUGACACCUGACAAUGUCAAUGAGAUAUUUAAACAUCUUUUAUUAACUUUAAUAACGAGUAUUAACAUUGAAAUUUGAAUACAACAAUUAUGCACAUAAUAAUGAAUUAACUAACAAAUAUAAUAUGGUGACAUUGACAGGUGUCAGAAACGCAAUCGCUGAGCGGCCGUACUUUAGUUCUUAAGUUGGUUUUAGUUGAGUUAAGAGUUUACCUCAGUCACAAGUGAAAUCGAGCGAAAUCGAAAAAAGGCAAAAAUGUGACAAGUUUGAACACUAGCUCGUCUUCCCAAUAGAAUAAUGGUGCAAAUUUAUUUUUAUUUAGAUUUAUAUUAUUUUUACCUGUGUUAUUUAUAAGGAUAUUUUAUAAGACAUCACGUUUAAAUUUCAUAUCUCUGUGUUUUUUUUAAUCAUGGCUUUAUGUGAUCUUUUUUUUAUUUUUGUAUCAACCUAACGAAAUGUAUGUAACAUAAUUUGUUACUAUGAACUAAAUUAAGUCGUGUGCUAUUUAUUAGUUACACCAAUAUAUUGUAUAUUUUUAUUUUAGUGAAUAUAGUUUAUAGUUCUUUUCUGGUCUAUUUAAAUCAAUGACGCUCACGCAUAAAAGUUUUCAAAUAUUUUAUGAGAAUUAUUUAAAAUAACUAGCUGACCUGGCAAACGUUGUGUUGCCAUAUAUAUUUAUUUUAUACCAAAAUACUAAAAUAGUGAUUUACAAAUGGGGGUAGGGUUAUUGGAAUCUAUAGUAGUUUACGACCUGUUCUCAAGCCAACCGUAUAUACACAAAAAAAAUCAUAAAAAUCAUUUAAGAUGUUUCGAAGGGUACGAAAAUUUUUACAUAUGAAAAUAUAAUUGAAAAUGUCAAAGCUACUCUUAUAUAUCAAAACGACUUUAACGACUUAUGACUUACCGUAUUUCAUUGUUUUUAAAACGUAUGUGCUUGGGUUGGGUUUAGUUAAUAGUAAAUAUAUCUCAGUAGACAGCAUAGGACCGUUUUAGACACCUUUACCAUUUGAAAUAAUAACAGUUAUAAUUAUACUUUUAACAUUAUAGCUUGGCAAAUUCGUUCGUAUCACUUAUGAUGGUCAUUACGCAAUUAUGAAUUAUAUAUUAAAAGUAUAACUUAUGUCAAGAGGUGUUCUAUACUUUGUUCAAAGUACGUGUACUCUGAGAUUUUUCAUUAAAAAGGCAAUAAACUUCUAUAGCUUAACCCAUCAGUAUUGCUUUUGAUCUAGUAACAGUAGCUGCAUAAUAAGGGUUUACAAAAUUUGUCAAAACUAUUUAACCCAACGAAGUUAGGACUGUAUUAGUACACAAAAAUGUACUAUUAUUGUAAUAGUACACAAAAAUGUACUAUUAUUGUAAUAGUACACAAAAAUGUACUAUUAUUGUAAUAGUACACAAAAAUGUACUAUUAUUGUAAUAGUACACAAAAAUGUACUAUUAAUGUAAAAAAAAUCUCUAUGUGGGCAUUUUAUUAUUAUACAACAACAUAACAUUAAACCUAUACCAAUUGGCUAUUUGACAGUCGUGUUAAAAUAUGAAAUGUGAUGUUUUAGGUAAAAUUUUUUGUUUUUUUUUUUUUAAUGAAACCUAAAAAGGACCAUCAUGUAGCUAUAUAACCAAGUAUAAUGUAAUAUGUUAUUUGCGGCUUAUAAUUUCAAUGGACUCUUGUACUUUGUUUGUUUAUUUAACAUACGUCAUAGUUGAUACAUGUAAUUAUUUUGACUUAUUAUAAAAAAAAAACUUUUGCUUCAUUAAUUUUUUUUUGAUUGGUCUUGAUUUGAUUUUUUUCCGAAAAAUGUCAAGUAGCCAAUUCGUAUCAUUGUAGGUAGUCACUAAUACUGUAAGUUAACUUGAUAGUUUGAUUUAAAAUUUAAAUUUGAGAAAUCCAUCAUUUUUUUCAAAAAUUAAAUGGCAACACUGAAAACUGUGAGCAAAUUAUUCAACAACUCUUAGAUCAAUACAUUGUACUCGUGUGUUUAUUCUCAGUAGUGCAUAAAUAUCGCAAAUUCUAUAUUCAAUAUUGUAAGUAAUCAUAAAUAAAACUGUGUGCAAUUGGUUAAAGUAAGACGAGUAUAUUAUGAAAAGUAAUAAAAGUAUAACAGAGUAUAAAUGUAUGAGUAGAAAAGAAUAUAAAUGAAGUUGUAAUCACUAUAUCCAUAACGUUUUAUUCGCGUCAGUAUUUUUUCGUUUUCUUCGUUUUGUAUAUUAACAAAUAAAUAAUAUCAAAAUGAAAUAACAACUUGUUUAAUUUAUUUAAUGUAAAGUAAAGCGAUCGUAAAUAAUUGUUGUAGAUAAACCAGUUUUUGCAUAAUGUAAACUAGUAUUUAACGGUUUCUCGUUUGUAUGAUGCAAUGAAAUAAACAAUGCUGCUGACUUA